GCGUGUGCGUGUGCGUGUGUGCGUGUGCGUGCGUGCGUGUGUGCAUUCUAUAUACUCCAGGGUAGAAUAGCAGUAGACCAGUCCAGGACCAUUAUCUGCAGGAGAGAAAUUGUCUCGUCCACUCUAGGCUCCGUCACAAGGAUGUGAAGUUCAAUGACGUUGGAUUUCAUCAUUUAUACUCUGCUGAAGAGGUGCUGAUAUGUGUACACGAUGAGCGGACUGGGGGACAACUCCAUGGAGCCUCUGAGCUCGGAAAACCGAAAACGCAAGCUCUCCACCUGCGACACGCCCGGUCUGGGGUGUGAGCGGAGACGGCGGGAGCAGGAGACUAAAUACAUAGAGGAGCUGGCCGAAUUGAUCUCUGCCAACCUCGGUGACAUCGACAGCUUCAACGUCAAGCCAGACAAGUGUGCCAUCCUCAAGGAGACAGUGCGCCAGAUCAGACAGAUAAAAGAGCAGGGCAAAGCGUCCUCCAAUGAUGACGAUGUACAGAAGUCGGACGUGUCCUCCACGGGACAGGGGGUCAUAGACAAAGACCACCUCGGUCCGCUUCUGCUUCAGGCCCUGGAUGGUUUUCUGUUUGUGGUGAACCGGGAGGGCAGCAUAGUGUUUGUGUCUGACAACGUGACCCAGUACCUGCAGUACAAACAGGAGGAGCUCAUCAACACUUCCGUCUACAACAUCCUCCAUGAGGACGACAGGGAGGAGUUCCACAAGAACCUGCCCAAGACCAAUGUUAAUGGGGUGUCCUGGGGUGGGGAGGCGCCACGUCAGAAGAGCCACACCUUCACCUGUCGCAUGCUGGUCAAGUUUAGCCACACCCACGGACCUGUGGAGGAGGGACCAGGAGGGCCGCGCUACGAGACCAUGCAAUGCUUCGCCCUGACCCAGCCCAAGGCCAUGAUCGAAGAGGGGGAAGACCUGCAGUCGUGUAUGAUCUGUGUGGCUCGUCGUGUGACUGCUGUAGAGAGAACAGAGAGCUUCAACACCCGGCACGAGCUCUCAGGUAAGCUGAUCCAGAUAGACCAGAACUCUCUGCGUGCGUCAAUGCGUCCUGGCUGGGAGGAUCUGCUGAGGCGCUGUAUCCAGAUGUUCCUACAGCACAGUGACGGACAACCCUGGUCCCACAAACGCCAUUAUCACGAGGCUUUCCUACAGGGUCACGCUGAGACCCCCCUGUACCGUUUUUCUCUCUCGGACGGCACCCCUGUCACGGCCCAGACCAAGAGUAAGCUGUAUCGCCACCCCAUGAGCAACGAGGCCCAGGGCUUCAUAUCCACCCACCUGCUACAGAGGGAGCAGCAUGGCUAUCGCUCUGCCCAGGGCGGGGGCAUGAUACCAGGGCCUAUGAGGCAGCAGGGCAUGGGGGGCCCCAACCCCAUCGCCCAGAUGAACAUGCCCCCUGGUGGAGGUAUGGGGGGUAUGAACCGGGGCUAUGGGCCCAUGAACGAACAGAGCCACAUGGGACAGAUGGGAGGGGGUUCAAUGUACGGAGGGAAUGGAGGUGGUGGUGGCGGCAGGGGAGGUAUGGGCAACAGAAUGAUGCAGAUGAAUCAGAUGAAUCAGUUGAACCAGAUGGGCCAGAUGAACCAAAUUAAUCAGAUGGGUCAUCAGAUGAACCACACAGGUCCAGGGAACCACCCUGGCAUGCAGCAACAUCAGCACCCCCAGCAGCAACAUCAGCAGCCCCCCUUCCAGAGCAGUGGGGGGUACGGACUGGGGGGUAUGAACAGCCCCUUGGGGAGUCCCCGGAUGAUUGGCCCCCAGCAGGGGCUCCUGAUGUCCCCCCGAAACCGAGGCAGCCCCAAGAUGGGUGCCAGUCAGUACUCACCUGGAGACAUGCACUCCCCCAUGGGCCCUCAUGGAGGAGGAGGAGGUACCACCUCUUUCUCCAGCAGCUCCCUCAACGCCCUGCAGGCCAUCAGCGAGGGGGUCGGGAGCUCCCUCCCCUCCACCCUCACCUCUCCCUCCCCGGCCAACAAACCAGACAGCUCCCCCAGCGUCCACUCCUCCUCUCAGUCCACCCAGCCCAGUCACCCUGCCAAAUCCGGCCCGGAUGACUCCAAAAGCCCAACAGGAGGCCUGGGUCCUGCGCCCAGCGUGCACCCCCUCCACCAACACCAUCACCACCACCCACACCACCAGUCCGAGAGCUCCGGAGACAGGUUGGACAGCCAGGCCUCGGCAGACAGCAAGGAGCCCAGAGAGGGGGCCAUCGAGGCUGGGGUGAGCUCAGAACCCACCCGGAGAGUCCCAGACGGUAAGGGCCAUAAGAAGCUGCUGCAGCUGCUGACCUCCCCCACUGAGGAGCUGGGGUUAGGGGGAACUGGCUCCGCCUUGCCCUCUAUACCUCCCCCACCAGGCAGCAGCAACACCCCAGCAGGGUCCGACACUAAGGACCCCACAGGAAGCAUUUCCAGCCCUUCCUCUACUGGAGUAUCCUCUUCCUCAGCCUCCGCCAAUCAGGGCCAGGCGUCGGGCACGGCUCUGGCCAAUGCUCUGGCCUCUGCCCACUACACGGCGUCGCUGCAGGAGAAGCACAAGAUCCUCCACAAGCUGCUGCAGAACAGCAACACACCCGAUGAGGUGGCCAAGAUCACAGCCGAGGCCACUGGCAAGGUGACCCUGGGUGGCCAGGAAGUCCCAGGGGAGGUGGGGGCUGGAGGAGCAGGAGGAGUGACAGAGCCUAAGCAAGAGCAGCACAGCCCCAAGAAGGAGAAGACCCACGCGCUCCUCCACUACCUCCUCAACAAGGAUGAUACUAAAGAGCCAGUGGAUGUGAAACCCAAGCCUGAGGAGCUGGAAGGAAAGGGGCCCCCAGGAGCCACUGCCGGCCCCCAACCCAGAGGCCCUGGCGCUGGACCCGGCCCAACAGCUGAACACCCAGAGAGCAAGAUCAAGUCAGAGCCGCCAGAUGAGUUGGACAACCUGGAGUCCAUCCUGGGAGGUUUGAGGGGUUCUGGCUCUGAGUUCUACCCCGAGCAGGGAGGAGGAGGAGGGAACAAGGCCCAGGGUUGCCUCGACGAGAACCUGCAAGGGAGUUCGGGGAUGGCCCCUGGCCCACGAGGGCCCUUCCAGAGGGCCAUGUCAGCAGACGCCAAGCCUGGAGUGGUGGGGAGGCGCCCCAUGCUCAUCAAACAAGAGAACAUGAUGGGCAGCCCAGAAGGAUACCCAGGGAACAUGGGUGUUUGUCCACGAGGCGUUGGAACAAGGCCGAUGAACAGGGGCAUGGGGGUUUCCCAGCGCUCUCCCAUGGGGGGGUCAGGGGAUUGGGGGAUGCCCCGCUCCUGUGCCAGCCCCGUGGGCUCAGCCGGUCACCCCUCCAUGAGCCGUCCUGGUAUGGACUACAACUCCAAAGGCAUGAUGGGAGGGCCCAUGGUGGGAAGGUCCAACAGUGUUCCUGGCACCAGAUCCAUGCUGCAGCAACAGCUAAUGGACAUGGGAGGUUCUGGUGAGAUGGGGAUGAGUCCGUUCGGUCAGCAGGUCCAGCCCAACCAGUCUCCGUCCUGGUCUGACAGUGUGAUGGGUAUGGAGGGAAACCACAGCAGGCGUCAGUUUGGAAACACCCUGGAUGAGCUCCUGGCUCCGCCCACCACCAGCGAGGGCCAGAGUGAUGAGCGGGCGCUGCUGGACCAGCUGGACUCUCUGCUCAACAACACGGACGGCAUCGCACUGGAGGAGAUCGACCGGGCCCUGGGCAUCCCGGACUUGGUCAGCCAGGGCCAUGGGCCAGAGCAGCAUGGUGAGCCCUUCCCCGGCCAGGAUCCUUCCAUAGUGCUGGAGCAGAAGCCUCUGUACGGCCAGGGCUACCCCGGACCCCCCUCAAUGGCCAUGCAGUCAGCCUACGGGGGGAGCCCUAUGCAGGGCCAGCCCCAACAGGGUGGCUUCGGCCCCAUGCUCUCCCAGAUGGGCCCAGGGGGCAGCUUCCCAGGGAUGGGAGGCAUGGGGGGUAUGGGUCACCCCCGUGCUAACAUGAUGAGACCCAGGAUGAUGAGCGCCACCAAACCCAUGAGGCUCCAGCUGGCGCAGAGACUACAGGGCCAACAGUUUAUGAGUCAGACUCGGCAGGGGAUGGCCAUGAAGAUGGACAACCCUGGAGCAGGUAACCCUGCCUUGAGGCCGGGUAUGCAGCCUAGCAUGGGGGGACAGCCUGGCUUCCUGAAUGCCCAGAUGAUGGCCCAGCGUAGCAGGGAGAUGGUGACCAUGCAGAUGAGGAGACAGAGGAUGAUGAUGCUAAUGCAACAGCAACAGCAGCAGGCGGCAGCAGUGGCCGCCGCAGGGGGGUUCAGCCCCCCUCCCAACGUCACCGCCCCCGCCGGCAUGGACACCCCUAUGGGAGGCCCCAACCUGGGCCCCCAGCAGUUUGGCUACGGGGGAAACUAUGGUAUGGCCCAGCAGGGUGACCCGUCGUUUGGCCCUGCGGGCAGCAGUCCCCCCAGCACCAUGAUGUCAGGCCGCCUGGGUCCUCAGAAUCCCAUGAUGCAACAGCAUCCCCAGGGCGGACCCAUGUACCAGAGCACUGACAUGAAGGGCUGGUCGCAGGGAGGCAUGGCCCGUAACAGCUCGUACCCCCAGCAGCAGUUUUCCCAACAGGGCAACCCGGGGCAGCAGCAGUUUGUCCAAACGGGCAACCCAGGACAGUACGGGGGCAUGAUGAUGAAUGGGGGCAUGCCUUCCAAUGGAGGGGGGGGCCAUAUGGGGCAGAUGGGGAUGAACCCCAUGGUGAUGGGACGUAUGCCGAUGGGGCCUGAUCAGAAAUAUUGCUGAACCUGAGACAGACGAGUGUGGUGGAACAGAACAGACUCACUGUGAUCCUUUCAGAGAGAUGAGUGCAGUGAUGUGUGUGUGUGUGUGUGUGUGUGUGUGUGUGUGUGUGUGUGUGUGUGUGUGUGUGUGUGUGUGUGUGUGUGUGUGUGUGUGUGUGUGUGUGUGUGUGUGUGUGUGUGUGUGUGUGUGUGUGUGUGUGUGUGUGUGUGUGUGUGUGUGUGUGUGUGUGUGUAGUACUCUACUCCCACCAGUUGGGGUUGCUGCUCUCUGGACUUGAGGCAAGUGUUGGCAGUCUCACAGCUGGAGGAAAAUAGACAGAGGACACACUAUUCUACUCUCACUUCUUGUACAUGAGACAUCCUAUGACACACACCAACACACACACACCCCAAAACAUCCAUGUAUCUAAAGACACACUGUGACACACAAACACACACACAUACACAAACUGACGGAUCGAAAUUAGAAGACAUCCUCUCUCUCGUGGGAUGUGUCUACCAUCAUGCCAAGUUCACCCCUGGCCGUGGGAAUUCUCUCUCUGCUUUGGAACGCUAUGAGAGAAGACAGUGUCUCCUAGUUCUGGUCCUGGAGGACCACCGUGUAUGCAGACCAUACAUCCCAUCCAGUCUCUGAAUCCACACUUAAUGAAUGAUAUAUAUAGUCCAUUGUUGGAGAAGGUGGGAGUUGAUUGUAAUCACUGAUACAUGGUCAGCUAUUUUUACAUCCUCCUAAUGAUUAAGAUUAGGGAACCCUGAUCCUAGAUCUGUGGUUAGGGGCAACUUCUACCUCUAUAAGCUAUAUUACUAUACUGAUGAGCAGACAUGUAGUCAAUAGCAUAUAGUCAAUUCAGAAGUACAACACCAGUCAAAAGUUUGGACACACCUACUCAUUCCAGGGUUUUUCUUUAUUUAACACUAUUUUCUGCAUUGUAGAACAAUAGUGAAGACAUCAAAACUAUGAAAUAACACAUUGAAUCAUGGAGUA